GCAUCAUGGCCGAUGUAAACACUGUCGACGUGUGCUGCUGAACAUUGGUCAAACUGAUUGUAUCUUCCGUGAAUCGUCAGUCGAAUAAACCAGACUACUAUGGAUUACUCAAAGUUUAUGGAUGAUAAUUUUGAUGCCAAAGAAUGGGUCAACCAAGCCUUUCAGACUCAUAGAGAUCCUGGCACACCCAAAGAUCAGUAUGCCACAACCCUGGUGAUGAAGCUACAGAUGUUUAUACAAGAGGUGAACAACAUUCUGGAAGAGGCUGGUCAACAGGCACUGCAGAAUCUGCCAAGAGUUAUGCGUGAAGUGGACGCAGUGAGACAAGAGGCUUCCCUGCUGCAGGACCAGAUGAGAACAGUCAAACAGGACAUCCAGAAGGUGGAACAGAACACUGCCCAGUCCAUGCAGACCCUGCUGAAGCUGGACUCCAUCAAGUCCCGGAUGAAGACUACAGCAGAUGCUCUCAAGGAGGCAGACAACUGGACAACACUGAGCGCCGAUGUGGAGGACGUCUUCCAGUCCCAGGACAUACAGACGAUCACUUCCAAACUGAGUGGCAUGCAGCAAAGCUUGCAAAUGUUGGUGGACACCCCUGAUUAUGCCUCACGAUGUCAGCACCUCGAGAAACUCAAAAACCGUCUGGAAGCCCUAUUGAGUCCUCAGCUGGUGGCAGCAUUCAACAGCCAGUCCUUAGAAUCUGCCCAGAUGUACACGAAGAUGUUCGAGAACAUUGACCGUCUGCCCCAGCUGUACAAAUACUACCACAAGUGUCACAAGCAACAGCUGCUACAAGCUUGGAAGGACAUCCUGGAGACAAAGCAAGACGACACUGCGCUGGUGUGGAUGACGGACUUCUACGACCAUCUCACCUCCACCUGGCACUCACAGGUAAAAUGGUGUGGCCAGGUGUUCAGCGACCCUGUUCCGAUUGUGUGUGACCUGAUCACUGAGUCACUGGCAAGUCUUGAUCCUGGUCUGUCCACAUGCUUCGCCAACCUGCUGUCUCAGAGAGGGGAGACACUCGCAACUCUCACUGAACUUAAACAGAUAUCUGAGAGAUUUGCCAAGAGUAUUGAGAGUGCAGUUGAAGUGCAUAUGACAGACUCCCUCCCCCAUGUAUCAAGCCUGGAGAGACUACUACAGACUGUGUAUGCCCCCUACCGGCCUUAUCUCAUGAAGUACAAGACCUUUGAGGAGGUUCAACUAAGCAACGAUCUCAACAACAUAAGGCUGGACCAUGAGGAGGUGUUGGACACAGUCCAGCUUCUUGGGGAAUCGGUCAACAAACUCUUCCAUUCAGCCAACGAGGCAAAUGACAGAUGUCAGAAACUCACAAAUGGUUAUGGUUACGUCAGCCUACUGGAGGCACACAAGACAUAUUUCACAAGCUAUUGCCGAGAGUUCCGUCGUGUCCUCAUCAAUAUACGUGAGAAGUGUCACACUAGCCCCAGUGACGACCCUGACUGGGAGGACUGGUCUCACUUCCAGCACUCGCUCCGUAUCAUCCAGACAACAGGUGAUCUGAUACAGCAUGUGGAGGAGCUGGACCAGCACAUCAUCAGCUGUAUCCUACACACGGUCGGCAAAACUGUUGGGACAUCCUCACCAAGCAAAGAUGCUGACAAGAGACUGAGCCAGCGCCGACACACCCUGACAUUCCAGGCUGCACUGUUCCUGUCCAGUGAGGAGGAGGUGGCUGCCCUGGUGCAGCUGGUCACCAGUCUGGAGGAAGGAGACACUCCAUCAGUGCUGACAGAAAUAAUGUCUGACAUGAGCAAACUGAGUGAAGCGGUGCACAAGUUUGGAUUUGACAUCGUGUUUGCCCAGCUGAAGAGAUAUCUCGGCAACCUGUCCAACAUGGAGAUAUGGACUUCCCGGUCUGCUGGUGGGGCCAUGACCUCUGACCUCCCGACCUUCAGCCUUUCACCCCAGGAGUACAUCACAAAGAUAGGGCAGUACCUGAUGACACUGCCCCAGCAUCUGGACCCUUUCACCUUGCAGGACAGCUCUACCCUCACCAUCGCCCUCAAACACGGCAAGCUGCCCUUCACAGAUGAACAAGAAUCACCAGAGCACCUAGCAGACCUCUGGCUGGAGUCUGUUGCCAAGGGAACCAUGCAUGAGUUUACAGAGGAAGUUCUCAAGAUUCAUGAGCUGACUCCACAUGCCACAAAGCAGCUCAUCACAGAUAUAGACUACCUGACGAAUGUGCUGGACGAUCUGGGUUUGCAGUCCUCUGACAUUCUUCGGAACAUUGACAUCCUGUUGAAGGCAUCCAUGGACACCUUCGCUGAAGCUGCAGAGCAGAUGCCUCAGCGGAUUGCCCGCGCUAUCAGCUCCAUGAGGAACAUAGACCUCUGAGCUCGCUGUCGCACACAUAUUGGGAUUAGUUGGCAAAUCUUCAUUUCAUGAUGUAUUUAUCGUGUUUAGCAAUACACCAUAUGCUCCAUUAUGUUGUAACAGGGACUGAGUUCUUUCAUGGGGAUGGAUGGUGGGGUAGCCUA